AUGUCCACGGCCAAGACAUCUCCUGAGGCGCUCGAGCUCGCCCGUAAGUACGAUCUUACGCAAACGAUCAUUCCUUUUUUGGAUCCGCACCUUGUCUACCCCAUUGCGGAGUUCCUGGGCAAGAAGGGCAUUUACAGCAGCAAGGCCCUCGACCAACUACAGUACGAUCUCUUCAAAGAUUCGUGCAUGUUUGACUUUAUCAAUGAUCUCUGGAAGAAGCUGAAUCCUAGUGAGUCUGCCUUAUCUCUUGAUGACCGCAGGGCUGAUCUUGAUGCUCGCAUUGCUACCUAUGAGCGCGACCUCACUACUGUCUCGGAGGCCUUUGAAAACCCUGAGGUCCAGGCCAACCUCAAGGCUGACAAGGUUCAGAACCUGCGCAUGCUGGAAAAGUACAACAUUACUGUCGACCUCAUCAACUCUUUCUACUUCUUUGGUAAGGCUAACUUUAGCUGUGGAGACUACGCUGCUGCCUCCCGCAAGCUCCACCAGUUCCUGCUGCUCUCCACUGAUGCUAAGCUCAUUGCAUCAGCCCACUGGGGUAAGUUUGCCUCCGACCUGCUCGCCGGCGAGACCGAGGCUGCCCUUGAGGACCAGCAGUCUCUCCGUGACAUUGUCGACCAACGUUCAUUUGCCGACCCCUUGACUCAGCUUCAUAACCGUACCUGGAUCAUCCACUGGUCUCUUUUCCUCCUCCAGAACCCCAAUUUCAACAAGGAAGGCCUUGUCGACCUUUUCUUCUCCGCCUCUUAUAUUUCCACUAUCCAAGCUGCCUGCCCCUGGAUUAUCCGCUACCUUGCCGCUGCCGUCAUCUCUCUCAACACCAAGGGCCGCAACAACUCCAGCAACCAGCGCAGACUCAAGGACCUUGUCCGUGUUGUCGGCCAGGAGUUGUACGAGUACCAGGACCCCAUCACAGACUUUGUUCGUGCUCUCUACAUUGACUACGACUUUGCUGAAGCUCAAUCUAAGCUUCUCGAGGCUGAGUCUAUCCUCGCAAACGACUUCUUCCUUCACAACCUCACCGACUCCUUCCUUGACUCGGCCAGACACUUGGUUUCCGAGCUUUACUGCAGAAUCCACCAGCGCAUCGAUGUUAAGCAGCUCUCUGCUCGUCUCAAUCUCUCUCCUGAGCAGGGUGAGAAGUGGAUCGCUAACCUUAUCAAGGACACCAAGAUGGAUGCCAAGAUUAACGAGUCUGAUGGCACUGUUAUAAUGAACCACCCCGUCACUUCCGUCUAUCAGCAAGUCAUUGAAAAGACAAAGGGCCUUACCUUCCGAUCAAACCAGAUUCUUGCUCAGGCUCUCAACAAGAACGAAUCAGUUGUGGCUUAG